AUAAUCAAGUAAGAAUACGUGGAAAUAAUAAUGAGUCUACGUUACGCAUCAAAUGCUUACCACAUAGGACGAUAUGCGCAGAGACUUUUCGCUACUGGUCAAAGAAAUCGGGUAUUCCAUCAAUAUAUUGCAUCUACCUCACUACAAACAACAAGUCUGAGGUAUGCAUCAACAGACAGAAGCAAAGUGGAGUAUACAUUGAAAAUGCUACGAGAAGACGUUCAGAAACAAGACGAAGAAGCACAAAAAGUCUUGAGUCUCAUGAAAUCAGAUAAAGACGUCGCCACAGUGAAGCCACCGCUGAAAGACAGAAUUAUACACGAGCUGAAGCAUUACUAUCAUGGAUUUAGGUUGCUCGCUCUGGAAACGCGUGUCAGUGCGAAAUAUCUGUGGACAGUGCUCCGAGGAGCAACUUUGUCACGUCGUGAGCGUCAACAACUGGUUCGAACAGUUUCGGAUCUAUUUCGUCUCGUUCCAUUCUCAUUUUUCAUCAUUGUUCCAUUUAUGGAGUUGGCGCUUCCUAUUUUUAUCAAAUUAUUCCCAGGAAUGUUGCCAAGUACAUUCCAGGAGAGUAGCAAGGAGGAAGAAAAAUGGCGAAAGCAAGUGAAACUUCGUGUUGAAAUGGCGAAAUUUUUGCAAGACACGAUUGAAGAGAUUGGACUGGAAAGAAAAACGAGAAACAAGGAAUCCACUCGAUCUCUGGAAUUUGCCCUUUUUAUCAAGAAAGUUCGCAAUGAAGGUGGAUAUGUGUCCAAUGAAGAACUUCUCAAAUUCUCGAAACUGUUCGAAGACGAAAUAACACUCGACAAUCUUAGUAUGGGACAGCUCCGAUCACUUUGUCGUUUAAUGAGCAUCAACUCGCUAGGAUCGCCUGAAAUUCUUAGAUUCCAGUUAAAUAUGAAGAUUCGAGAACUCAAGGCCGAUGACAAGCAGAUUGCCGCAGAAGGAGGUGUUGAUGCGCUGAGCUCCAUCGACUUGCAGUCGGCGUGUCGUGCGCGUGGAAUGAGAGCUAUCGGAGUCAGUGAAGAACGAUUGAAAGAACAAUUAGUGCAGUGGCUGGAGCUUUCAUUGAAUGAUAAAGUUCCGCCGGCCCUUCUUUUGUUGUCCAGAACGCUAUAUCUUCCCGAAGAAGUUUCAUUCCCUGAUCGUCUCAAAGCUAUCGUUCAAAAUCUGCCAGAUGGACUUGCCGAGACCACAAAACAGAAGCUAACAGAAAUGGAAGGAGGACAAAUUGAUCACAAAGCUCGUAUCGAGUUGAUCAGAUCUAUCGAAUCUGCGAUCGCUAAUGAAAAGAAGGAUGAAGAAAAGAAGAAGAAGGCUGCAGAAGAAGCUUUGAAAUCGAAAGAGGAAGCCGAAAAGGCCAAAGUUCAAGAGAAGGAGAAGUUGGUUGAUGUGGCUGCUCAAGCAAUUGUCCAUGAGCUCAAAAAAGAUAUUUAUGACGCUGUAGCAUCAACAUCUUCUACAACAGAAGCGAAGGAGCCUGCUGCGAAGCCUUCAGAAGCUAAAGAAGAAAAGAAAGAAGAUAUCACUGUGGACAAGAAAGAUCUUUCCCAUAUUGAGGAGAUCAUUGUCGGUGGACCCAUCAAAGAAGCUAAACACGAUAUUCUUGGACUACGCGAAAAGGUUCUUGAGCACAAGGAAGAUCUCAUGGAAAUCAAUUCUCUAGAUGGUGCAUUCGCUGAAACAAAGAUUGCGAAACGUUUGCGUCACAAGCUCAAUUCAAUGAUCGAAGAUGUCGAUUCGAUGGUGGAUAAGCUCGAAGAUGAGAAGAGGAAUAUUCGUGAAAUGCUCAUUGAUCCAACCGUGGAGAACAGCGUUGAUUUGAAAAAAGAACGCGAAGUUCGUAUUCAGGAUGUUAUCGAUUCUUUGGCAAAGUUGAAAGAAAGUAAAGGAGAACAAGCUGAUGAUGGAGAACAACGUGAGAGAAUUGAGGCUCUCUUGAAGACAAUCGAUGAGGAUUCCGAUGGAAUUGUCGAUAAGCAGCUAGUCUUGGAAGUUAUCGAACUUCUUGAAAAACAUACAGAUGUUCACGUAUCGGCAGCUCAAAUGGCGUCCAUGAUUGGAACACUAAAGAAAGAAGAUGAAGUUGCUGGAUUAACUGAGGAGAUCAGAAAAGUUCAAUCCGGAAAUUAUCAGAUGCCGAUUUUGCCAACGGGUCCAUCAUCUGCGGAUGCAUUCAAUCAACCACAGGGAGUGUACACGGCAUCAAAGCAAGUUCCAGCGAGAAGUGAACAAGAGGGAGUGGAGCAAAAGCAACAGGUAGAGAAUGGACCAGUGGGCAUUCCCGAUGUCGAUACAAAGGUCACAUCCACACUGCAACAAAAUUCCUCCAAGACGUCGUCUUCUUCGACGACGAAGAGCACAUCCGACUCGAAAUCAGCCUAGAAAGUCAUAGCUUCAAAUUUUUGUGUUAAUAUAUAUUUUGCAUUUCUUAAUUGUUUUCAAUCUUUGUAUUUUCUGUAACCUAAAUAUUUUUCAUUUUCCCCCGCGCGCUCUACACUCUGAAUACCGGUGUCUCCUCCUUCCACUCUCGUACCCGCCAAAAAUAGUCACCUCCCGAUUGAAUACUAUUCUCGUUUCUGCUCUCGAAUAAUGGAUUCUUUUUCUCUUUUUUCUUCACAUUUAAUUCUCACAAAUUUACUUUUUAUGAAGUGAAAAUCUUU